AUGUCGCGAGCAAUUACAUCAGUCAUGAAAAGAACCGAAAAUGAGUGAGUAGAUUUUUCAAAAAAAACAAAAAAACAUUUUCGUCUUUAAGAGUUUCUCGAAUUGUCAACAAAGAACCUCCACGUAGAAUAUUCUUUGAUCCUGAUUGGGCAGAAUAUUUGACAAAUAUUAAAAUCGCUCGAUAUUAUCGAGAUCACAAACCAAAAUUGAACACCUAUUUCGAACUCAACAAAUAUAAUUUCAAACUCGAAAACCCAGCAAAUGUUACAAGUUUCACAGAUAAGCGUUUCGAUGAAACUUUGCAAUUUGAAGUUUUAAUUCAAACCGUCGAAUUUCAUAUUAAUGUCAAAUUUUAUUGCAAUUAUGUGAGUUUUUAGUGUGAAUCACAUGGAUGUUAAAUUGGAAAUAUGUAAAUGUAAUUUCAGAUCGAGAAGUAUGAUGAAAUUUAUAUUGAAAGCAUUUUGAGCAUGCAUCCUUUUAGUUAUAAGUGA